AUGGCUGAGACAUUUACAUUUGGAGGAAGUCUUGCGCCAAUUACUUGUCAUGCUUGGAAUAAAGAACGGAAUCAAAUUGCAUUGUCUCCGAAUAAUAACGAAAUACAUAUCUAUAAGAGGGACAACAAUGAGUGGAAAAUUGUGGACGUAUUAAAUCAACAUGAUUUGCGAGUAAUGGGAAUUGAUUGGGCCGAAAACACUAAUCGCAUUGUCAGCUGUGCUGCGGAUCGUAAUGCAUACGUUUGGCAGCAAGGCGAGGACGGCAAAUGGAAACCUACCUUGGUUUUAUUGCGUAUCAACAGAGCCGCUACUUGCGUUAAAUGGUCCCCUGCAGAAAACAAGUUUGCGGUAGGUUCUGGAGCUCGUCUUAUUUCGGUAUGCUAUUUUGAGUCUGAAAAUGAUUGGUGGGUAUCUAAGCAUAUAAAGAAACCUAUCAGAUCAACAAUAACGACUCUUGACUGGCAUCCAAACAAUAUACUUUUGGCAGCCGGCUCUACUGAUUAUAAGGUUCGCAUUUUUUCUGCAUAUAUUAAAGAUAUCGAAGAUCAACCAUUACCAACACCAUGGGGAAAUCGCAUGCCUUUGGGUAAUUUAAUGGCCGAGUUCAAAAAUUCUAGCACCUACGGAGGUGGCUGGAUAAAUAGUGUUAGAUUUUCCAGUGAUGGAAAUAAAAUAUGUUGGGUGAGCCAUGACAGUUGCAUAAAUAUCGCAGAUGCAACUAACUCAAAUACAAUAAUAAGAUGCAAGACCGAAUUUCUUCCCUUUUUGGCCUGUGAAUGGAUAUCGCUUACAUCUGUGGUGGUAGCUGGUCACAGCUGUGUACCCUUGGUGUAUACACUACAGGGUGACAAGCUCGUCCUUACAAACAAACUUGACAAGUCGCAAAAGAAGGAAAGUGGAGGUAUUUCAGCUAUGCGUAUAUUCCAAUCCUUGGAUAGAAAUUUGCGUACUGAAAAUUCAGAUACUCUUGUUGACUCCAUUCAUCAAAAUGCAAUUACUUGCAUUCGUCUAUAUGCAGGUGAUAAACAGAAUGGAACUCGUGUUAGCACAUCUGGGGUAGAUGGUCAAUUGGUUAUUUGGGACAUUGAUUCAAACAUCACGAAAUCAAUGCAAACUCUGAACAUUUAA